AUGAAAGUGAAGUUUCUCAGUUGUGUCCAACCCUCAAUGACCCCAUGGACUGCAGCCUUCCAGGCUCCUCCGUCCAUGGGAUUUUCCAGGCAAGAGUACUGGAGUGGGGUGCCAUUGCCUGUGAAUACGUACAUGAAAAUCAAAAAAAGGAAGUAAAAGUGUAUAGAAAUGAUUAGAAAAUGAAAACUACCAUGUUCCCUAUUUAAUGGCCUUGCUUAGAAAGAGUGGCAUCAGAGAACCUACCUCAAGGUUCCACCAGACGCCAUCUCAGCCAGGCCAGCAGCAGCCUCAUCUUCCCCAUGGCCUACGUGCUCUCUCUACUGAUGGCCCUGGUGCUGGUCAGCUACGGCCCGGGAGGUUCCCUGGGCUGUGACCUGUCUCAGAACCACAUGCUGGUUGGCAGGAAGAACCUCAGGCUCCUGGGCCAAAUGAGGAGACUGUCCCCUCGCUUCUGUCUGCAGGACAGAAAAGACUUCGCUUUCCCCCAGGAGAUGGUGGAGGGCGGCCAGCUCCAGGAGGCCCAGGCCUUCUCUGUGCUCCACGAGAUGCUCCAGCAGACCUUCAACCUCUUCCACACAGAGCGCGCCUCUGCUGCCUGGGACACCACCCUCCUGGAGCAGCUCCGCACUGGACUCCAUCAGCAGCUGGACGAACUGGACCCCUGCCUGGGCCCGGUGAUGGAAGAGGAAGACUCUGCCCUGAGAAGGGCAGGGCCCACACUGGCCAUGAAGAGGUACUUCCAGGGCAUCCAUGUCUACCUGAAAGACAAGGAAUACAGUGACUGUGCCUGGGAAAUCGUCAGACUGGAAAUCAUGAGAUCCUUGUCUUCAUCAACCAGCUUGCAAGAAAGGUUAAGAAUGAUGGAUGGAGAUCUGAACUCACCUUGACAUGACUCUCACUGACUAAGUUGCCACAUCAUCCUUGUAUACUCACCCGGGGUCAUUUCAGAGGACUCUGAAUUCUGCUUUAGCCUCCAAAUUUAUUGAAUUAACUCAGCCAAUACAUGUCAGUAGUAAUAAGCAAGAUAUAUUACUUUUAUAUCCAUAAAAGUAAUCAAGUACAGGGGUAUCAAUCCAUAAGCGAUGACUGCC